UAGUGGGAUGAAACAACCUCCACAUUCUGGUUUCUGGACAAACAUGACCGAACACAACAACACUUAUAAUUUUACGGGUUUUCUUCUUGAUCCUGCAAAGUGCAGCACACUGAAUCUGCAAGAGAAACAGAAGCUAGUCCAUGAGAUUGCUCGCCAGUCAAAAGAUGCUCCAAGUAUGCUCCGAUCCCUAACACGCAGGGAACUUCUGGAAAUAAUUUGUGCUGAAUUAGGCAAAGAGAGGAAGUACACAGGAUAUACCAAAAAUCAAAUGAUUGAGUACCUUCUUAAGAUUAUUUCAAGGAAUUCCAAGUUGCAUGUAACCCAAAAUACUCUUGCCCAUUCUCCGUCGAAAAGGAAAAAAGGACCUGCAUCUCAAGAUUUGGAUCAUGAUUCUCCUGAGGAUAGUAAAGACGAAAUAGUGAAAGUCUUAUUGUGUCAAAAUGUUGCUUGUAAAGCUACUUUGAAUCCAGAAGAUUCUUUUUGCAAGAGAUGUUCUUGCUGCAUUUGUCAUUGCUAUGACGAUAACAAGGACCCCAGUUUGUGGUUGACUUGCACCAAUGAGGAAUCAUGUGGAAUGUCAUGCCAUUUACGAUGUGCUUUGAGUAAUCAGUUGUCUGGAAUUUUGAAGAGCAGUUUUGGUGUAAAGUUAGAAGGAGCCUUCUUUUGUGUUUCUUGCGGAAAAAUUAAUGAAUUAAUGAGCACAUGGCGUAAACAGUUAUUGGUUGCCAAAGAAGCUAGAAGAGUAGAUAUACUCACUUUGCGAAUAACAUUGGCUCACAGAAUUCUUAUUGGAACAGAAAUAUACAAUGAAAUACAGAAGAUUGUUGAAACUGCUCUCAAGUUAUUGGAUAAUGAAGUGGGACCUCUGGAUAAUGUAUGUGCAAGCAUGACCCGCGGUAUUGUGAGCAGGCUCUAUUGUGGUGCUGAGGUUCAGAAGUUGUGCUCCAAUGCAAUUGAAUGUUUUGAUCUGAAGUUUUCUAAUAUCUUCCAUAGUCAUGUGGAGAAGAAAGACACACCAACAUGCUCCAUACGUUUUGAAGAGUGUCUUCCUACAUCCGUGGUUCUUGUUCUUGAAUAUGAUGAUAAACUUCUGAAAAACUUUCUAGGCUGCAGGCUUUGGCACCGAAUGUCAACAACAGAGUACCCUGAACAACCCACCUUUAUUGUUUUAAGGCCUGAGAAAAGAUUCAAAUUAGAAAAUCUCCUUCCUUCAACUGAGUACUUCUGCAAGGCUUCUCUAUUCAGCAGCAUUGGGAUUUUGGGUGCUGCUGAAGCUAAAUGGGUUACACCUUGUGAGUCCGUGAAUCCUCUUCCGAACGUUAUUAGGUGUGGUGGUAACCAUUCAUCACGGUCACCUCAGAGAUCCCCAGUGAUCGGUAUGCACAAAUUUUCACAGGGAAUGAUCAAGACAAAUGCUGAAAAUCAUCCAGUAGAAUCUGCCAACUCUCACAUCAGGGGCAGCUUUGAGGAGUUCCUAACUCGGACUCCCUCAGUCGUACCAUUUUCACAUAAAACUUCAGUUGCGGUUUCACCUCCAACGCCUUCUAAACCCAAUGAAAUGAGGCAACUCUGUGCUUUGAUGCCGAGGAACCGUUUGAAGGAACAUGAUUAUGAGCAUUCCGUCAGGGUAGUCAAAUGGUUAGAACACCAAGGGCACAUUGACGAACUCUUCAGAAUAAGGUUUCUCACAUGGUUCAGCCUCAAGGCUACACAGCAGGAGAGAAGAGUGGUUAGUGCUUUUGUCGAUGCACUGAUCGACGAGCCUUCAAGCUUAGCAGACCAGCUCGUACACACUUUCUCGGACGUGAUAUGUUCCGAGCAGAAACCUUAGGGUGUGUUUUUGAGUUUUGAUUUUGGAGGGGGAGGAUCCUUCCUCCCCUCUCUUCCCCUCGAAAAUUAAAACUCCCAAACACACCCUUCACGGGAUGAGUUAAGCUCAUAUAGAACUUAGAUUACAGUAAUUAUCUUUACUU